CGGUACGGCUUUCAUGGAAACAGCAGCAACUGCAGUGCUGAGAGUGGCAUGAAUGAAAUUCUUUUUCCCUUAUUGUACACUGUUAUUUUCUUUGUGGGCAUGAUCAUGAAUGUACUAGCCAUGGGAGUUUUUUUCCAGAUCUCCAGCAAAUCCAAUUUUAUUAUCUUUCUGAAGAACACGGUUAUUUCUGACAUCCUCAUGAUCCUGACGUUUCCAUUCAAGAUUCUCAGCGAUGCAAAACUUGUGUCCUGGGAACUGAGAGGAUUUGUUUGCAAGGUGACUCAGGUCGUAUUUUACUUCACCAUGUACAUCAGCAUUAUCUUCUUGGGCCUUAUAACUAUUGAUCGCUAUUUGAAAACCGUCAGACCCUUCAGAUCAUCCGGCACUGACAAUGUACUGGCAGCAAAGAUUCUGUCUGUACUGAUUUGGAUAUUCAUGUUUUCUCUGUCCUUUCCUAACAUGAUUCUGACAAACAAGAAGCCAACACGUGAGAAUGUGAAGAAAUGUGCUGAUCUAAAAUCUGAUUUUGGGUUAAUAUGGCAUGAAAUCGUUAACUACAUUUGCCAGUUUAUCUUCUGGGUUAACUUUGCCAUCAUAGUUGUUUGCUACAUACUCAUAACACGAGAACUGUACAAAUCCUAUCAACGAACAAGACAGAAAGGAAACCCAAACAGAAAGACGGUGAAUAUGAAAGUUUUUGUCAUUAUUGGCGUGUUCUUCAUUUGCUUUGUGCCUUUCCAUUUUGCCAGAAUUCCUUACACUUUAAGUCAAACAAGAGAUGUUUUUGUGUGUUCAACUCAGAACACAUUGUUUUAUAUAAAAGAGAGCACCUUAUGGUUGACUUCCCUGAAUGCAUGCCUAGAUCCAUUUAUAUAUUUUGCCCUCUGUAAAUCCUUUAGAAAGUCUCUCCUAAACUCACUGCACAAAUGUGCAGUUCAAAGAAGAGAUCAAAACACAGAAACUACGGAUGAGGAAACACCAAUGUAGACCAACAGGAUAUCCACAGAGUAUAGCCAAAAUCAUUUUGCAACCCCUUCAUUUUUUUUAGCAAUAAACUGUGAUGUGGCUUCUUCCUGAUUCUAGGAAACAUACAUAGUCUCUGAAGCUAACAACUAGCUGCUGACUAGGACUAUUCUGCAUUUUUUUGAAGCAUGAUGGCUACAAACACUGAACCAGAUAGAGAAAAAUUGAAUGGGGUUGCAGUGCUGGUGGUGAUUGUGAUGAAGAGCUCUUCUCAAAAGCAUGCAAAACAAAGAACUCCUCCAGGACACUUGGAUAUAUUCUUUGCUAAGUACAUAAAAAAGACAGAG